UAUUGCGUAGCCGAGUGGGCCUGGCGCGUGCCUGCGGAACACAAAAGACUUCCAUGCCCCCGUUCUUUCCCCUUCUCGGCUGGGUUUGUUGGUGUGUUUGACGGGCAAUCCCUGGCGGUGCGCCUCACCCCCCCUGCCUGCUGCCCGUUCUUUUUUUUGUGAGCAAAUUUCUUGGCGUCCCUUCCCCUUGUCCGCCCUGAAAGUCCGCGAUAUUACUUCGAUCCGAGCACCACACAUUUUCAACUCCUCUUCAAUCCGCCCUCUCCCACCCGAUUCCUCGCGCUCCUGUCCUUUGCGGUUUUCGGACCACUGCGCAUUUAGUCGCUCUUCAGAUGCAGCAUACCGCCGCUUGACUUUAUAUAUCGCGCCCUAAUUUGACCUGCCCCGACUGGUACCCACCUCCCUUGGUCGCAUUCAACUACACCUCCCUCCCUAGGUAGUACCAUGGACCUGCUGAGCUGCACUGGCUACUGAACCCCGGGUUUCCCGCCAGCUGCACCACCAUGAAGAUCGACAGCCCUACCACCAGGCCGUAUAGAUCCCAUCUCGUCGCCUCAUAACCUUUGCCUAAACCAUCCUGGGUCACGACCCCCAGGGCCGCGAUCCGGCGAUCCGACCAACCCUAACUUGGGACCUGCAUCCGGAAUAGCUUCCUGCUCGUCGCCAUACUACCUGGCCCUCACCACUCCUUCAGCCCAGCUUCUGGACCUUCUCCGCCUCAGGUGGGCAGCCUCGCCGCAGCCUGUUUAGCUCCAUCACCAUGGUGACCCGCGGCGAUGUCAAGGACUGGCUCGUGGCUCAGGUUAAAAACCUGAAGCCCUCGUUUCUCGGCAAGACGGCACACUUCAACUUUAUAACCGCACACUACCUCUACAUUGUUGGACAGUUGUUUGUCGGUUCCAUCCUGCUAUACGCGUCGGGCAAUGGCGCCAUUUCGUAUAUCGACUCCCUCCUCUUCUCGAGUGGGGCGUCCACUCAGUCCGGACUGAAUCCGAUCGACGUCAACAUGCUGAACACGUUCCAGCAGGCUGUCCUCUACCUGCAGGCCAUGAUGUGCAGCCCCAUCACUGUCAACACCUGCGUUGUCUUCUUGCGCCUCUACUGGUUCGAGAGGCGCCUGAUGCACAUCGUCAAAGAAGCCAGGAGGCGCAGAGGCACCCUUUCCAAGUCUAGAGCAAAGUCCGUUUUUGAGCGCACCAACGAUGCUGAACAAGGCGUCAACGUGGGCGACAUCAGGGUCAUGCACGGCCGUGGCAACACCAGGAUUACCAACGACGGCAUCCUCCUCCCCCCAGUUUCGGAAGAGUCGGGACAGAAUGGGUCAGGUAGCGGCCCUUCCCUGCGCCUACCUGACGAGGACGUGGAUCCCCUCACACCCCAGCCCGUCGAUGGCAGGCCUCGAGACAUCAAAUUUGCUGCGACGGUCAAGCGGAGUGACGCGUUUGACGACGACCCCAUGAACCUACCCACGGCUCGCACUACCGAAGAGCACCUGGCCAUCUUGGAGCGUCAGCGCAACGAGGAAGAAACCCUGCGCAUUCCUGGGCCCCGGGACGUGGAGCGUGGCAUGGCCCCGCAGAGGGUUGACAAUAGCAGCAGCAGCAGCAGCAAUGAGGAUAACGAGCCCGAGACUAACCACGGAGCGGCCAAUGCUCGGCGAACGAGCGUCGACUCUCGGCACCAGGCGCCCCAGCCCCAACUCCGUCCCCAGACCAUCAUGAUCGAAGAGCCAACCAAGCCGCAAAAACGUGACGAGAUGGCGGAGGACCUCGAAGUGAUAAAGAACGUUUUCUCUCCCGUCUACACGUUCCGCACCCCGCGUAUAUUCAGAAGCAAGAACGAACCGCAACACGGGGGCCAAGACGACGAGGCCCGGGGGCGACAGCGGCAAACACCACCACAGUCUAGCAAACGGCAGCUUAGCGGCCUCCGCCGCGUCCUUAGCCACGACCAGGCCACCGAGGGCACCCCAUAUCUCAGCUGGACGCCCACGAUUGGUCGCAACUCGAAUUUUGCAGGCAUGUCGGAGGAGCAACGUGACGAGGUGGGCGGUAUCGAAUAUCGGUCCUUGAAGGCUCUGGUCAAGGUCUUGAUAGGUUACUUUGUCGGCUUUUCCCUUCUCGGAGUCGUGUGCCUGCUCCCUUGGAUUCGCCUCACGGACCAGUACGGCUCACUGGUGGAUGCAGUCUCGCAAAGCCGGACCUGGUGGGGCUUCUUCAUGGCCAAUUCGGCCUUUAUGGACCUGGGCUUCACUCUCACUCCCGACAGCAUGAUCUCCUUCAACACGGCCGUCUUCCCCCUCCUGCUCAUGAGCUUCCUCAUCAUAAUUGGCAACACCGGGUUCCCCGUCAUGCUGCGGUUUAUGAUAUGGUUCACGUCGAGGAUAAUCCCCCAGGAAAGUGGUCUCUGGGAGGAGCUGAGGUUCCUGCUAGACCACCCCAGGCGCUGCUUCACCCUCCUCUUUCCCAGUGGGGCCACCUGGUGGCUAUUUGGGAUUCUGAUCUUGCUGAACGGCAUCGACCUGAUCUUUUUCAUUGUCUUGGAUCUUGCCAGUGGUCCUGUACACGACAUGCCCACGGGCAUCAAGAUCCUCAAUGGCGUGUUCCAGGCCGCCUCCACGAGGACAGCUGGCUUCGCAAGCGUCAACAUAUCGCAGCUUCAUCCCGCCGUUCAGACAUCGUAUUUGAUCAUGAUGUAUAUCUCGAUCUUUCCCAUUGCCAUCUCGGUCCGCCGCACCAACGUCUACGAGGAAAGCUCGUUGGGCGUCUACGGCAGCUCCGGAAUGGAAGAAGAGGGUAACAAUGGCUCUGACCUGUCCUAUGUCGGCUCCCAUCUCCGGAGACAGCUGUCGUUCGACCUGUGGUAUAUCGCAACCGGAUUCUUCCUCCUCUCGCUCUCCGAGGGCGACAGGCUGCAGAAAGGCGAUUUCUCCAUGUUCGCCGUCUUGUUCGAGCUCGUCAGCGCCUACGGAACUGUCGGCCUCAGCUUGGGGUACACGGGCAUCAACGCAUCGCUCGUGUCACAGUUCACACCGUUCGGAAAGGUCGUCAUCAUUGCCAUGCAAAUCCGGGGCCGCCACCGUGGGCUACCCUAUGGGCUCGACCGUGCCGUCCUGCUGCCAGGCGACUCGCGCAACAAGAACGAAGAAGCGCUUGCUGAGGCUAAGCUUCACGACGCGAGGCUUGCCCGCAGGAUGUCGGGAAUCUCGACAGGGACGCAUUUCACGGGCGUUCACUACCAAGGCACACCGUCCGUCCACCGGAUGCGCAGCCGAAGCAUCGAUCGUACCAACAGCAACAUAUUAUCGCAGCUUCUCCAUCCUGGUCCUCACCACACGCCGCCGCACCACCACAAUGCCGCGACGUUUACGUCCAUGAGGUCCAUGUCCACCCCUCACCUGGACGACCUGGAGAAUGACCAUCUCGGCGUUGGAAGGCAUCCCAUGCGUCGUGCCGAGACUCUCCGCGCAGAGGCUCUGGGUCAAGCACCCUCGGCCAGUCCAAGGCCUCCUUCCGCCAGCCCUAGGCCCGCUGGCGUUAACUUGAGGCCUGCCGCAGGUACCCCAAGAAUCUGAGGGAUGGCCAUGUGGCGGUGGCGGUGGCCGCACUAGCUGCGGUUUUGGGUGGCGUUGAGGUAUAGCCUUGUUUUUCUAAUUUAUUUUUGCCAGCAGCAUUUUUUCGUCCUCAUUUUUAUGUUAUUCCCCGCAGGUUGCCGAUUUCCUCGGCAUAGAAAAGCAUCAUGUGUAUGUAUACAAGUCGGAAGGCCAUGGGGUUUGAGCACAGCACGGAGUUCAGGGGCAAUUGGGACAGGGAGCGGGUCCCCUGAGAUCAGGGUUUAGAUGCUACCUAGGAUCAUUUUCAAUUAAAAACUACAGUCCUACCAUUCCA